CAUCACAGCUUCGCCAAGUCGCGCUGUCGUCUAGAGCCACUAAACCCCAUCGCGACGCGACGCCGUCCAACGCGCGUACCACUAUCGUAGUUGAUUUUCUACGCUACAACCACCGAUUUUGGUCCUGGCGUCGCCGGAGCUCUCAGUAAGCAGCAAUCAAGGCAACCGGUGACCAGCAUAAGAAUUUCAUGGCGGCAGUAAAGUCUUACAAUGACUCCACUUGCCUCCGCCGCGGCCGCUUCGUUUUCAAGACGUUUUCACAUGGAGUUGAGGAAAUCAACAUAGGUAGAGAUGUGUACCGAAGUCUCAACAAAGAUAAGAAACGAGAGGACAAACUGAAAGAUAAGACCUCAGAAGGCUCGUCCCAUUUCCGCGACUGUCUUAUAGAAUGCAGAGAGCUGAACACUGCCAAAGAUUUUAUAUCAUUUUACGAGGAGAUUUUUCCUCUGGUACAAACACUUCCUCUAAUUAUCUUGCAGAAGGAUUUGAUUGUAUCAAGCCUUCUGUCUGUCUUGAAAAUGGAAAAGAGGCUCUCACUUGAGCCAAUAUUGAGGCUGAUUCCUGCUUUAUCUGAAGAUCUCUUGGGCGAUUUUACACCAUUUCUCUCAAGAAUUCUUGAUUCUUUGGAAUUGCUUCUUCAAAGUGGUGCUGAUAAGGACCCAGAGAUCAUUAAGCAGAUAUUCACAUCAUGGUCACAUGUAAUGAGAAAUCUGAAGAAGUAUCUUACAAUCGACCAUAUUCUCAGAAUCACGGAAAGCUUACGAUACUACCCUAAAGAUUGUGUUCAAGAAUUGAUGGCCGAGUCAGUGUCAUAUUUUUUAAGAAAAAGGAAGGCGCGAAUUCAGCAACUAAAGAAAUGUAUUCUGAAACUUAUGACUGAAGUUGUUGAGGAACCAUCGGAAAUGAGGAAAUCUGGGGUUAGUGCGCUACUAUCUCAUGCUAUGAGAAGUACCUCGUCAAGAUUGCACUCAACGGCUGAGACAUUAUUGGCACUUCUGGUUGAUGAAUCUUCCUUCAAUAUCAAUGGUCAAAGGGUUAAAGACUCAAGACCUGUUCUUGAAGUUCUUGUCCUGACCUUUGAGCGACUGCACGCCAAGCUGGAUCCAGUGGAACAUUCUUUCAUAUCAAAAUGCUUGAUGGAAAAGAUAACAGAGUCUUUGACAAACGGGAACUCUAAACACCUGACUCGCCUUUUGGCCCUGCUUGUUUCUACUUUGCAAAAUGAUUAUCUUGCCAAAAUUGCAGAUUCUGAAACAUUGAUCGAACUUAUCGGCAAGCUAGUGGAAACUUUUUUUGUUCCAUGUCUUACCAUGAAGAAUGUGGACCCACACUUCCAAGUUAUUGAAAAAGUUAUGCAACUAAUGCUUUGUGUAAUUGGUGGUCUCUCCAGUUCUAAGAAUAUGUCUGCUUUGCUGCGAGUUUGUUUACAGUGGGAGUUGGUGUUUGAUAUAGCAAGUGAAAGUCUACUGAUUUUCAUUGGAGAUCUUCUAACACUGGACCCCAGUAUUUACCAUGUCUUUGGAACAAAUAUAAUGCGUGCAUUUGAUAAUUUAAUAAAAAUGUAUGAUGAAGAAGUCUUGUAUUUAAUGAUGAAGUUCUGUGAGAAACUGGAAGCGACUGGCUCUAGCUUUUGGGAUGGGAAAUCCAAGGAGUUCUCAAGGAUCUUUGUAUUUUUUGAAGAGACUCUUCAUCACUGGAUUAAGGAAAUCAAUAUUUUUGUAAAAGGGAAUUUGCAUCCUGUUCAAAAAAAUAAGUUGGCUGUCUUAUGGGCUGUUAUUGGCUGCUAUUCUCAUUUAGCAGAUGGCCAAGAAAGUUCAUCCUUGUUAAUGGAGUUCAUAAAUUCAACUGACAAGCUUCUUAUGGUGGAAUCGAAGCCUGCAGGCUUCCAACAAAAUACUUGGUAUAGCUUGCUUGGGGCCGCAUUGUGUUCUUAUAACAAGUUGGCUUCUAGGAGGGGUAUUAAAGAGUCUACAAUGACAAAAUUCUUGGAUCUUGCAAAAAGAUAUAGGCUGUCACCUCACAUAUUAUCUGCUGUAGCAGAUCAUUUGAAAUCAGUCUCUGACGCAUCACAUGGGAAAGGUCGAUUGUAUCUUCCGGAGCAUAUAGUUGGAAAUUCACUGGCUGCUCUAGACAUUUUCUCUGACAAUCUAAGCCACUCCAAUAGAGAGAUCCGCCUUUCUACCCUGUGCAUACUGUGCCAUUAUGAAUCUAUACAUGAUCAAAAUUCAGAUAAGAAACAGCCUGUUGAAAAUAAUCCAGGAAUUGAUGUCUCUGAGACUAGUCUAGUGGAUGGGCCUGAUAAUAAUGUUCUUAGACUACUCAGUUCUGUUGAAGAGACUGCUAUUUCAAUUGCAACAAGCUGCACAGUUAUUCGACGAAUUUCUAAAUUACAGACGAGUUUGAGUGCUCAUAGAGUUGCUGAUCAGUAUAUAAUUGCAGCUUUAAAUGGAAUUUUUGGCAUACUUCAUAACCGAUUUAGCGAUAUCUGGAAUCCAGCUUUAGAGUGUCUCAAUGUCCUCGUAGGCCAAUAUUUUGGGAUCGUGUGGACCAGAUAUAUUAAUUAUCUCGAACAUUGUCAAUCUGAUUUUCUAGCAUCUCAUCACAAACAUGAUAGAGGCGAUAUUGACUCUACUGAGGACUCUGGUUUGAUUGGAUGCUUCAGGUCUGAUAUCAUUCGUGUAUUUGACAGUACUCCAUGUGCAACAAUUUUGUCCCUCUUGAUUCAGUCUUUACAGAAUGUUCCUUCAAUAGUUGAAUCUCACUCUCGCCAAAUAGUACCUCUAUUUCUUAAAUUUUUGGGUUACAGUGUUGAAGAACUCACAAGUGUUGAAUCUUUUGCACUGGAUCAUAAAGGGAAAGAAUGGAAGGGCGUUCUUAAAGAAUGGUUAAGUUUGUUCAGAUUGUUGCCCAAUCCUAGGGCUUUUUAUCAAGGUCGAUUUUUGAGAGAUGUUCUUCUGUACAGGCUUCUUGAUCAAAAUGAUGCUGAUUUACAGAUGAAAGUUCUUGAUUGCUUGUUGAACUGGAAGGAUGACUUUUUACUUCCAUACAGCAAGAAUUUGAAAAAUCUAGUUAAUGCAAAAGAUCUGCGGGAUGAGCUUGCAAGGUGGAGCUUAUCCAGAACCUCAAUGGGUUCUGUUGAUGAGCAACAUAGAAUUUCUCUUGUGCCUGUAGUCGUACGGAUACUAACACCCAAAGUUAGAAAUUUGAAAAUGCUUGGUACCCAGAAGAAUGCAUGCGUACAUCAUCGAAAGGCAGUUUUGGAAUUUUUGGCAGAGCUUGAUCUUGACGAGCUUCCUCUUUUCUUCUGGUUAAUAGUUAAGCCCUUACUUCCUGUCUCUCAUGGUGGUGAUGAAAUCAGCAAAAUUGUCUGGGCACCGUCCAAGAGUCCUAACUUCAAGAUUGAUGCAUCUCAUAUUUUGAUGCAUUUGACCUCAAAUAGCAUAGAAACUCUAUCUUGGAAAAAGAAAUAUGGUUUCCUGCACGUUGUUGAAGAUAUUUUGGCAAUUUUUGAUGAAUCUCGCCUUAAGCCCUUUCUUAAUCUACUGAUGACAUGUGUGGUUCUCAUCUCAUCUAGCUGCACAUCAGCUCUUGGCAGUCAAGAUUCCGAGGUUCAAGUCAAUGAUGAGAAUAAGAUCAAGGAGAGGAAGCAAAUUAGGGACUUGAGGUCCUUAAGCCUUAGGGUCAUAUAUCUUGUUCUUGAUAAGUACGAUGAUCAUGAUUUUGGAGAUGCAUUUUGGAACCUGUUCUUUACAUCAGUAAAAUCUUUGGUUGCUAAAUUUAAGAAGGAAGGUCUUUGUAUCCAAAAGCCAAGUUCACUAUUUAAUUGUUUUCUUGCAAUGAGUAAAAGUUACAAACUUGUUCCACUAUUAUCGAAGGAGGAGAAUCUUGUGCCUGACGUUUUCUCCAUGCUUAGUGUUCCACCAGCUUCAAAAUCCAUUUUGUCUUGUAUCUUGAAGUUCGUAAAAAACUUGUUGAAGCUUGAUAAUGCACUGGAUAGCCAAGAUGUCACUGUCAAAAGAGUUUUUCUUCCUCAUCUCAAUGAGCUUAUGCGCGGCUUGCAUUGUAUUUUCACCAAAGAAAAUGCGACUGAGAGGCCUCUGCUCAAAUUCCCGGUAAAAAGAGAUAUGACCAUCUUCAACUUGUUAUCAGAGUAUGUGAAGGAACCAUCAGCUGCUGAAACAUUUGUUGAUAUAUUGCUCCCAUUUCUUUCAAAGAAACGCCUUAAUUUUGAUACCUGCGUCAAUAUAUUGCAAAUCAUCGGCCGAGUGGUAACAGUCUUGGGAAGUGGCAGCAGUAAAAAGAUCUUGAAUUCGCUUUCCCCACUUCUUAUUUCAGCUGAUUUGGCUAUUCGUAACUCUAUAUGCGAUGUCCUUGAUGCUGUUGCUUCAAAUGAUUCUUCUUUGUUAACAUUGGCAAAAGUUCUUCGUGAACUAAAUGCAACCUCUGCAAUGGAGAUGGGUGGUCUUGACUAUGACAAAGUACUCUCUGCUUAUGAGAAGGUUAAUGUGAAUUUUUUUUAUACUAUUGAGAAAGAGCAUGCAUUGCCAGUCUUGGCUCAUGCAGUAAAUGACAUGUCAUCUGAAGAAAUGAUAUUACGGCAAAGUGCAUUCAGAUUACUGCUCUCCUUUGUUGAAUUUUGUGGCGAGAUUCUAAGUGGAUCUCUGGAAUCUGACGAAAUAUGGUCUAGAGCCAGUAUUCAGCCCAUAGUGAACAACUUUUUGUUUAAACAUAUGGGAAAUGCAAUGAACAAGGAAGGUGCUAGUAGAAAGGUCUGGCUUGAUUUGCUUCGGGAAAUGGUGCUGAAGCUUCCAAAGGAAGCAAACCUUGAUUCAUAUUGGGCCCUCUGUAGUGAUGAUGCUGAACAAGAUUUCUUCAAAAACAUAGUACACUUACAGAAACACAGGAGAGCGAGAGCACUCUCUCGCUUUAGCAACAUUGUCAGUUCAGGGAAUCUGUCCAAGGUCAUCACCUACCAAGUGUUUGUACCAAUGCUGUUCAGCAUGCUGUUUGAUGCACAAGAUGGGAAGGAUGAGCACAUAAGAAGUGCAUGUAUUGAUUCCCUGUCAUCAAUAUCUGGUUGCAUGAAGUGGAAUCAGUACUACGCCUUGCUAGCCAAAUGUUUUCGCUAUUUGGCACUAAAACCAGAUAAGCAAAAGCUUUUGUCGCGAGUUAUCUGUGCCAUUCUGGAUCAUUUCCAUUUUGAGGAAUCCUCUUUGAUCCAGAAAGCUACCGUAUCUGCUUCUGAUGCACCUGAUUCAUAUGCCAUUGGUAUGAACUCUUCAUCAACUCUGAUUAGGACCACUGAUCGGGGUGAACUACCAGUCAUACAGCAGAGUUUGCACAAAAAUAUUUUCCCCAAGAUUCAGAAGUUGUUGGUGUCUGAUUCUGGCAAGAUCAAUGUUAACAUCAGCCUGGUUGCACUGAAACUUCUAAAAUUGCUACCCGGUGAUAUCAUGGACUCUCAACUUCCAACUGUUGUUCACCGCAUUUCGAAUUUUCUAAAAGAUCGCUUGGAAAGUGUACGUGAAGAGGCUAGGUCUGCAUUGUCUGCUUGCUUAAAGGAAUUAGGAUUGGAGUAUUUGCAGUUUAUUGUCCAAGUCUUGAAGGGAAUACUGAAGAGAGGCUAUGAAUUACAUGUGCUAGGAUACACACUCAAUUUCUUGCUGUCUCAGUUCCUCACAAGUUCCAUUGGUGGAAAGUUGGAUUAUUGCUUAGGGGACCUCCUUUCUGUUGUAGAGAAUGAUAUUCUUGGGGGUGUUUCUGAUGAGAAAGAGGUCGAUAAAAUCGCUUCUAAAAUGAAAGAGACAAGAAAGCAGAAAUCUUAUGAAACUCUAAAAUUGAUUGCCCAGAAUGUCACUUUCAAAACUCAUGCUUUGAAACUUGUUUCCUCUGUUACAGUUCAUCUGCAUAAGCAGCAGCUCACCCAGAAGCUGAAGUUAAAAUUGGAGAACAUGUUAUAUCACGUAGCUGCUGGUAUUGAAUGUAAUCCAUCGGUGGAACAGACUGAGCUGUUUAUAUUUUCAUAUUGCCUCAUUAGAGAUGGAACUGGCGAUGAAUGUAAUGAACACGCAAAUGGUUCUAUUUCCUGGGCAGACAAUAGAGAUGAUGAGAGCGUCCAAACAGUUGCAUCCAAGAGAUUAGUGAAUGUCGAUCGACAAUUUUCUCAUAUGAUAACUGCAUUUGCUCUCGGAGUCUUGCAUAACUACUUGAAAAAACUGAAGCCUAACCCUGAGGAUGGUCAACUUAUAUCAUUGCUUGACCCUUUUGUCAGUUUAUUGGGUCAAUGUUUGAGUUCCAAGUAUGAUAACAUUAUAACAGCUGCAUUUAGAUGUUUCUCUUUGAUAGUAAGUCUGCCAUUGCCAUCACUUCAGUCGCAAGCUGACAAGAUAAAGAACUCUUUGUUGGUUAUAGCACAAGGUUCAGUCAAUGUUAACAGUCAGCUGGCGGAGUCAUGUAUGAAGUUGUUAACAACGCUUCUACGAAGCAAGAGAGUCACACUUUCAGCUGAUCAAUUGCGUAUGCUGAUCCAGUUUCCAUUGUUUGUUGAUUUUGCUAAAAGCCCCUCAUUCAUCGCCCUUUCACUGUUGAAGGCUAUCAUACACCGAAAGCUGGUUGUUCCUGAGAUAUAUGAUCUUGUGCGGAUUGUUGCAGAACUAAUGGUACAAAGUCAAGAUGAGCCUAUCCGUAAGAAGUGUAGGCAAAUCUUGCUUCAGUUUUUACUUGGUUAUCAUCUUUCUCAGAAGCUCAAGCAACACCAUCUAAAUUUCUUAAUGGAAAAUUUGAGUUACAAGCAUUCCAGUGGGAGGGAAUCUGUCCUAGAGAUGCUCCAUGCUAUUAUAUUAAAAUUUCCACGGAAUGAUGUAGAUGCACAAUCCCAAACACUGUUUGUACAUUUGGUCAUGUGUUUGGCGAAUGAUGAUGAAAGAAAAGUGCGUUCCAUGUCUGCUGCUGCAAUAACGUGUCUUGUUCGGCAUGUUAGCUCUCAUUCUCUUCACUUGAUACUUGAGCAUAGCCUUUCCUGGUACCUUGAUGGAAAACUGAGCCUACGGGCUGCUGCGGCACAGGUUUUGGGUUUACUAGUGGAAGUUACUGGAAAGAGAUUUCAAUUGCACCUCAUUAGAGUAGUUCCAGCAAUGAGAAACAUUCUUCAGUCUGCUGUGAGUGCGAGUCAAGAUGAUCCAGCUAUUCCAUUCUGGAAGGAGGCAUAUUAUUCGUUGGUUAUGUUAGAGAAGAUCCUAAGCCAAUUUCAUGACAUGUUCAUCGAUAGUGAGCUCGAGGAUAUUUGGGAAAUUAUGUGUGAAUUCCUGUUGCAUCCUCACAUAUGGUUGCGAAACAUAUCAUGCCGGAUUCUGUCCUCCUACUUCGCCGCAGUAACCAAAGUCACAGCAGGAGCAUUCCACCUCAUGAAACCCAGCAUACUUUUCCAUAUAGCUGUUUCUUUAUGCUGUCAACUGAAGGUGCCAUUCAACGACGACCACAAAACUGGCAUCAUUAUCAUGCAAAACCUUGUCUUCUCAGUUGCAGCUCUACAUUCCUCGUUACAGAACACGGAUGUUUCUAGUUUCUGGUCCAACCUGGACAACGCCGACAAAGAUCGUUUCCUUAAAGCUUUUGGUGUUCUUGAUCCAAGAAAAGGAAAGAGAACCCUUCAAUCCUAUAUUUCUGAUGCCAGUGGUGAACAUGAUCAAAACCAGCAUCCCUUUAUUUCCUAUUUGCUCCAGAGAAUGGGAAAGCUUACCUUUCAGAUGGAGGUCAAUCAGAUGAAAAUCGUGUUCAAGUUUUACAAAUCAAUAUCGCCAAAACUCCUGGAUUGCUACGGGGUAUCUGAUGAUGCCCGUAGCUUUGCGUAUCAGCUGUUGUUGCCAUUGUACAGGGUCUGCGAAGGCUACACAGGUCAAGUUAUUUCAGAUGAUCUGAAACAAGAAGCGCAAGAGGUGAGCGAAAGCAUAAGAGACAUCAUCGGAGUGCAGAAUUUCGUCCAAAUCUACAGCAAGAUACGCAAAAAUAUAAAGGCGAAGCGUGACAAAAGGAAACAAGCAGAGAAGGUGAUGGCAGUGGUGAAUCCAACACGAAAUGCCAAGAGGAAGCUCAGGAUUGCGGCCAAGCAUCAAGCUUACAAGAAAAGGAAGAUCACCUCCAUGAAAAUGGCUACAUAAUAUAUACUCCAUUUCUUUUGGUUUUUUUAAUUCUUGUGAAUUUUAUGGAUUUUUACAUUAUAAAUUAUCAAGUUAUGAAUAUUUUUAUAUUUAUAUGA